CCACAAGGCGCAUUGGAACAUAGGCCGUGGAAGAAAUACAGGAGACUGCCUUGAGCGGGAGUUCGUCGUGGCCAUGGAUGAUGGAGGGGGAAAUGUGCCGGUGACGGCCAAGCUGCGGUCGUCGCGCCGACGUCCGCCGCGUGCUUCCCGUGCCUGCGAGACUUGUCGGGCUCGCAAGACCAAAUGUGACCAGGCUCAGCCCUGUUCUUAUUGUGCUUAUCAUUCGCUUGAUUGUCUCUAUAGAGCUGCAGGUCCAAACGAGACCGCAUCUGCAGCGAAACGCCAAGCACAAAUCCGCGAGGCUCAAAGACAGAAGACCAGACCCUCACCCUGGCCAGAGGUCGACCAGGGACGACGAUAUGAUGGCUUUCAGCAUGUGAACCCACCAGAUCACUUUGCCAGAGGGAUAUCAAGCGGCCCUCGAGGGGUUGACGAUAUCAACACUAGCUCACCUAGUGUUUUCACUCCUAAGCGCGAUGACGAAACAGUUAUCGCCGCUACCCCCGAGCUGGUGGGUGACUCCGCUUCGAGAGAUGGAUUGAGUGGUGUCAAUAUCCAUACCAAUGGCACAGAGUUCUACGGCAACUCCUCCAAUCUAGCCUUCCUUGGUAACUUAUACGCUCGAGCUCGGAAUCAGGCAGAGAACAAGGGAUUGGCUGCCUCUAAUAAUGAGCAUACUUAUACUCCGAUUGAAGGUCCUAUCACGAGUCUCGGCGCGCUGCAGACCGACAGAAAUAGCUUCAACCAGGUGACUUCCAAUUCUACAGCGGAUAAACAGUCGGAGGGCGCGCAGCCUACAACUAACAAGACGCAACUAUCAAUCGUAAAUCUGCUCUAUAACCCGAAAUACCCUCGCCAUUCCCCUCGCCAGAGCAGUGGGCAAAGUGACAAUGACAAAAUUGAAAGCCCGAAGAAUGUGACGAGCUCUCAGAACACGACCCAUGGGUUUUCAGACACAAGGCACGAGCAUGAAAUCCUACCCAUCAUUGAAAACAUUCCAGGAGAAUCUCAGAUUGAGAUUGAGAAAAUGUUCAUUAGCAGUUACUUCUGCAACAAGCAUCAUAUACACCCUAUGCUGUGUAAAAGCGCUUUUAUGCAACGUUGCGAGCAAGAGGCCUUCAUGACAUCCCGACGAGCUGGUUUAUACUGUGGAUCCUCGAGAUUUGCUGGGCUAUACUUUGCCGUGGUUGCUCUGGGUGCGAUUAACGCCAGUCCACAUGAAACUGCCCUUCUUGACCAUUACUGCAAUUACGGUCCCGAACCAGAGAGAACCAACUCUAUGAGCAGAAGACCCUCGGCUCUAGAUUUUGCCGAUUCCUACUUUGGCCGAGCUAAAAGAGCUCUAGGGGAUUUGUUCGAAAGCUGCAGCUUGGAGGGAGUGCAGGCGCUUCUGCUAUUGAGUGUAUUCUGUCAGAACGCUCUCCGACUGCAUAGUUGUUUCAUGUAUAGUGGAAUGGCCGUCCGAGCAGCUGUAGCCAUCGGUCUGGCGUCAGGAAUGACGUCUUUGUCCCCAGGCGUUCGCAAAGAAGGAAUACGAACCUGGUGGUGCAUCUACUCCCAUGAAAUUGAGAUGUGCUGCUCCUCGGGUCGCUUAGACAGCAUGAAAGACCUGCAGUAUUAUCAAGUCCCGCUGCCGAGUCUGAAGGCCACCCCCGGAUAUCUUUUUGACCCUGACGCUGAAGACAACCACGUGGCAAUGAUACCGGCAAUGGUCGCCCUCGCACAAAUCAUGUCCGAGGCUUCACACCUUCUUUAUCACUCGCCCAAGCGCUCCAUGGGUGAACUAUCACAGAUUGCCAUGGACCUGGACAACAGAUUGCUGGCGUGGAAGUCCAUCCUCCCUGAUUUCCUAGAUAUCGAUGCUGCAUCGCUCAAUGACACAGAAUGGGCCUUCAAGCAGAAACUCGUUCUGAGACUGAGAUACUACAACACACGCAUUCUAAUUCACCGGCCGUUCCUCGCCGCAUCCACAUUAAGUACCGAAUUCCCAAACAUCCUUCGGCACCUCCACACCUGCCUUGAUGCCGCGAGAACCAGCAUACAGAUGCAGUACGAAUCUUUCAUACACAGAAUCUACGUUCGUACCUGGUGGUACAACACCUCUUAUGCCCUCUACGGCGCGAUGAUCCUCCUUCACCUUGUUCUCUCCGGCUACCCCAGCAUCCGUGACGAGGACCUCCUGACCGACGUAGAGAAAAGUCUCGAUAUCUUUGAAUCCAUGAACAACAUCGUGGUCGCCCGUCGCUGUGCCGAGAUGAUCCGCGAAGUCCUCGACGUUGCCCGAGCCUGUGUAGCUCGUCGUCGCACCCACCACACCUUACCAUCAUCAAAAAUACCAGCGCCACCAAUCGCUCCUUCUGCUUCACCUGCAACAUUCAAUCUGAGCAACCACAUAGCACAUCAAACGCCCGCGAACGCCACCAGCAUGGGGCCUUCUAAUGUAGACAACGACUUCUUUUUCUCUCUAUUCAACCAGGAUUCGCAGCCGGAUACGCGCGCGGAGAUUCUGGCGAAUCUGGUGGACCCGACCAUCCUCGAGGAUUUUGCAUUUGGGAAUGGGGGGAGUGAUUUUUCGUUUUUUCUGGGUUCUUGAGGUACUGCCAGUGGUCUGUUAUCAAGAUGUAUAGACAGACCAACCGUCUGCGCGAAAAC